CCUCCCAGCGCCGGCCUCCUCUGUCUCCCCCCUCCUCCUCCCUCCUCCCCCGCACCCGCCAGCCCCCGCCGCCGCCAUGGGCCGCAGAAAGAUUGAGAUCCAGCCCAUCACGCACGAACGCAACCGGUCUGUGACCUUUUUGAAGCGCAAGAACGGCCUCUUCAAGAAAGCCUACGAGCUCGGCGUCCUCUGCUCCGUCGACGUCGCCGUCAUCAUCUUCGAGGAGCGCCCCGGCCACCAUGUCAAGCUUUUCCAGUACUGCUCGACCGACGUCAACAGCAUGGUCAAUCGCCAUAUCCGCUUCGACGGCGAGCGCGACACCCGCGGGCCAGCAGACUUCAGCGGGAACACGAAGAACGACAACGCCGAGGAUGACGACGAGGAUGGAGAGGACGACGACGGCACUCGCCCAUCCAAGGGCCGCCAAGCUACCAACAAGACCGCGAAGGUGAAGACGGAGACCACCAACGGCAGCCUCAACAUCAACGGCGCGAUCCCCAUCCGCCCCGUCCCACAAGCCAACACCGACCUCUCCAUGAUCGACCUCGACUACCGCCUCUCGCCCACCGGCGGGAGCUCAUCCAUGACCAUCCCCAUCUCCGGUGAGCGUCUUAGCGCCGCCUCUCCGCCCGUCCGCAACAUCUCCCACUCCCUCUCCUCCAAGCGCCCCCGCCUUGACGACGGCUCGCACCUCCCCGCGCACGCCAACGCCAUGCCCGCCCUCCCGCAGUCGCUCAACCUCUCCUCCCUCGCCGCGAGUGCGGGCUCGAGCAACAGUAACAUGCCGCACUACCCCUACCGGCUCGAGGUCGACAUGAGCUCGGGCUACCCCGUCCAGACGGGCGUCACGCCCCUCCCCACCGCGCCCGGCCUCCCGCCCACACACAGCGCAAGCCACCCCUCGCUCCAGUACGGGAACCCCGGCCUCAACAUGGGCAUGAACGGCUCGGGCGGGAUGCUCGGCUCGCAGAGCGCCCCCGCGGGCUUCCUUCCGCAGCUCGGGCAGGGCGCGUUCGGCAUGGACAUCGGCUCCGGCCACCACGCCCCGUCGAUGAGGACGGUCGGCUACCCAAGCAGCCAGCACAGUCAGGCCGGCUCGGCGUCGCCGUAUACGCCCCAGCACACCCCGGCACCGAUGUAUCAGCAACAGAGGCAGACGGGCGUGUCGACGGCGACGGCCAUGGCGCUGGAGUUGUUAGGGCAGGCGGCGGGAGGCGGAGAUAUGGGGGGCGGAGGACAGGGUGGGAUGUCGUCGUUCGAUUGGCCGGUGCAUGGGGGUGGGCAACAGGGUCAUCAGGAGAACGCAGGUAGCUCGCAGUCAGGCACGGAUAGCAAUAGCAACUGGUUCGACUUCCUCUCCGGCACAUCCUCGGGCGCCCAACCGAACCCCCUCAGCGCCGCCUCGCUCUUCCCGAGCACCGCGCCCAGCGCACGGCCCGUCGGCAUCAGCAGCGCCGCGCGGUCCGUCGGGAACUUUGCUAUGCCCGCGUCCGUGUCCGUCGCCUCGUCGCCCGGGACAGGCCAGAAGCGCCCGCGGGAGGACGACACGGCGAGCAUCCACAGUAUGCACAGCGUACAUAGUAUGCAGAGCAGCGGCAGGGAGCGCUCGGAGGAGAGGGCGAGUGUGGGGCGGAGGAGCGUCAGCGUGGAUAAGCCGCCAAGCUAGCUGCCUGCAGGGCUCGGAGCCACGGGCUUUGAGCUGAGGAGGCGGCUGCGCCCGCCCUGAGUGGGCGCGGGAGCCCUGGGACGCGUAGGUCCCUGUUGGCGCCGCUGCCCCGGCCGAGAGCUGGGUGCUGGCGGUGGACGCUCCCCCUAGACGUGCGACGUAUGAUACUGUGCGGACGCGUGUGCGUCUACGAAGAGAUGUAUCGUUAGUUGGUGGUGGCGCGUGACACUUGUUGCACCCUUGUUGCAGUUCGUCGUCUGUGAGUUUCGUUCGUCCGUCUUUUUGCUUCUUGUGCAUGCUUGUCUUUUCGUGCUGUGACCCCGGGAGACACCCGGUUGGACGCUUUGUGUUGCAUCAUGUUGCUGUCGUGUAUCUUACGAUUCGGCUUAGUGGAAGUAGUCUUGCAUUUAUGUGUUGAGUAGUUAGGACAUCAACGCGGCAUCGCAGUCUGUGCGGCAGACU